AUGUCAAGCGCUCUGCCAAGCGGACCAGGAUUUAAAGGGUUGGUGUAUCGCUACUUUGCUCCUCUUUCACCUCAGCUCUCUCUCCCAUUCUGUUGUUCCAAGAUUUUCACAUACUGCCCCAUUAUUAUGGAAACCCCUGAUUUCGGAGACCUACUGGUUGUCAUCGGCCGGUUUGCCAUCAGGCAUGACCAUGUCGCAUCCGCCAUCAGCUCGCGCACUGGUGAGGUUGAUCCUCGACGUGUGCUCGACCCCGACAAGCCCUAUACUUUCACUCUGACCGUGGUGGAGUUACCUAACUCUGGCGAGGUCGAGGUUCCUGGUGUGUCGACUGGGCGGGUUUUCUGUGUCAGUCCAUGGGCACUUGCCGCGUACGACUUCACCAUGGGGUCUUGGCUUUAUACCGUUCGUGACACCGCCAUCGUCAGCUGUUUUGCCAAUUAUAAUUCCGGGGUGUACAACGAAGGCGAGGCGGGGCUCCUCCGUCUUCCGAAAGAGCUUGUCAUUCCCUACUUUGGUCAGGCCGUCCCGACUCCCACCGACGUCGAGAGCCCUGCCCUUGUGGACCUCUGGCGUCGAAUCGACCCAUACGAUCAUCGCUUCGUUGGCCUCUUAUUUCCCCUUUCUUACCCUCUCGCGGCGAUUACCGGUCAAUGGGAUAUCGAGCCAGCCGGUGCCCGCUUGGAUCAGUUCGCUGGGACGUGGGAGGCUGAGAAGGCUAGGAGGGAAAUCCUGUAUUCCCCGGAGGAGAGGGCGAGUAUGUUGGCGGCGGCGGAUAAGGAGCGGCAGGAGUUGGCUCGGAUCGAUCAGGAGAUGAAGGAGCUUUUGAGGGAUCCCCCGGAGGGUAGUUCGGUUAGCGACGAGGACGGAGCCGAGGCGGAGGAAGAUGGCAAUGACGAGGGUAGUGAGGUCUCCAGUUCGCCCAUAAGGGUUGAGGAGUAA